AAACUGAAUACAUACGUCUAAAGGUAAGGUCUGCAUUACACGCGUUCCUUUAAUAUUUGUUAGAUAUAUGAUUUCUGUUUGUCCUUUACGCGCUUAUAUUUUAGCAACAUGAUAUUGUUUCUUUAAUUAUUGUAUUUCAUUGAUUCACAAUUUACUGUUGGAUAGAUAUUUUAUUAUCAUUAACUUGUUUUUUUGAGUGUAUAUCUUGAUAAGAUAGAUUUCCUGUCAUAUAAAGAAAAGUGAAACCUGCCAGCGGCAUUAUAGCUAUCAGGAAGUCCUGUUCAUGUAACAACCUAUCAAGAUAAAUCAAACGAGAUCAAUAUCUCGAUGUACACACUUUUACGAAAGUGAAAUUUCCGCCAAUAAUUUCCCCCCGACAUGUUGCCUGACCCGGGUUUGCCGAGUUUGUCUAAUCUCAAAAAAUAUAUUUGUAUUUGGGUUUUAUCAUCUUUUUUUUUUCUUUCUUAUAUUCAUGAUGAUACACUGUAGUAUGCGGACAGUGGAUUGCUCCGGACAGAGGUGCCGUUAAAGUCUUCAAUUUAUCUAUCAUGUCAGUUGACCUGGAUGAAAUCACAUCGUUACCCUCUGUGAAACCUUUGUAUUUAUAAGCUGUACAAUGUUGGUCCAAAAAUGCAAAUCCAGUUAUAGAUAGAAAAAUGGCGUUUUUUCGAGGCUGUUCAAAAUUGACAUUCAAGGUAACCAUUUCCAAACGCAAACAGAGAGGAAAUCACGUAGAGGUAGAUGAAUUACGAGGACGAGAGAGGGUCAAAAUCAGGAAGAAGACACCCGAAGGUUGCCGAACGGCGGUCAGGUAACGAUAGUGACCACGUGAAUCACUGGUGCCCAACCAGAGAAGAAAGAGAUUCAAAAUCGGGAGGAAGACAUCUUGGAGAUGGCGUCGUUUACGCCGUAUCUGAACAUGCCGGAAGUAUUGACGAGUUUGUUGAAAGAGAAGUCGCCCAGAAUCAAGAGAGCAAUGUUCAGGCCUCGCCGAGUUCGUUCUCUGUUAAUUCCAUGCACCUGGAGAUGAUUAGACUUGCCUCUUUUUACAAUUUCCCAUCUUCCAGCUCAGUGUCUACCAUCAAACUUGCUCGUCAAGGAUUUUAUUUUUCAGGUGAAGGCGACAAAGUUAUUUGUUUUGCUUGUGGUUUUGAGAAAAGCGACUGGAGAGUGAAAGAUGAUGUAGAAUCUAUUCAUCGCUUAGCCUCACCUAACUGUCCACUUCUUAAAUCAAACUGCGCCAGGAAUGUCGAAAUAGGAAGACGCCAAGUCGAUGGAUAUAACGAAAAUUCUGGAAACCGAGAUGCACACCAGCUUCGUGGUGCCAGUGGAGAUUUAUCAACGAUGGGAAUUUCAUCCGAAGCAUCGAAGAACGCAUUGUCAAAUAGUCAGUCAAAACAGACAACGUCAAACGGCAGCUUUCCUGCUGACGAUAUACAGAGGUUAUCUUCCGAGAAACCGCCGAGGGAUUCUCACACAAGAACAAGGGCUCAACAAGCACAAAUAAACGCGUUCAUGCAAGAUCUAGACCCACUAGGCAUUAACUUUGACCGUCCGAAAUAUCCGUCUUACUCCGUAUUAGCUGUGAGAAUUAGUUCGUUCACAGAUUGGCCGAAUAGUAUGACGCAAACACCACGUGACCUUGCUACAGCUGGUUUUCUGUACGCGGGGUAUGGUGAUUACACCCGCUGUUUCUUUUGUGGGGGAGGGUUACGUAACUGGGAGCCCGGAGACGAACCCUGGACAGAACACGCCCGAUGGUUUCCGAAGUGUGCCUUCCUGAGGCAGAACAAGGGUGACGAAUUCGUGGCCUUGGUACAGAUAGAACAUCAAGAACAAGAGGCCUUAGAGAGAUUAAACGGCCAUGCUGCUUACCAAGACAAUGGAUCACAAAACUCACCCGAUCAUCUACAGAAUUCACCUAACAGUGACGUCACUACAUUCCCAGCUUUCCAGAGUUUAAUGGAAAUGGGUUACUCCCAGCCAACCAUCCAAAGGGCGUUUGAUAUCUUGAAAGAUACAAAAGCGCCCAUGCAUAUAAAGGCUGAAGAGUUACUGGAGGUCAUCUUGACUGAGAACGAGGCUCCAGAAAACGACGUGUUACUCCCAGUGUCCACAGGGAGUGUUCAUCAGUCCGUCCAAGAUAGAUCCGAGCAGUCCGUCCAUGAUAGAUCCGAUGUUACAGGAAACUCAACCACUUCUGUUACCAUGGCAGUGAAGGAUGACGUACAACCUAGUGAUUCGGGGAAUCUUCAAGAUGUGAAUUUAAAACCGACACUGUCAUUGGCGUCAGUUGAAGAUACAAAGUCCUUGAUUGAAGAAAACAGAAAAUUGAAGGAUCUCCGACUUUGUAAAAUAUGCAUGGAAAAAGAUGCGUCAAUCGCCAUGUUGCCUUGUGGUCAUCUCUGUUGUUGUGCAGACUGCGCUCCGGCCAUGAGGAAGUGUCCGAUAUGUCGACAGUUCGUAAAGGGGACUGUCAGGACAUGGCUAGUGUAGAGGAAGAUGGCUGGUGAAGAGGAAGAUGGUGGUGUGAAAUCUAUACGGAAAUAUUUAUAUUGACUUAACAGAUUAUUAAGAUUGAGGCAGCAUUUUUCUUAAUGAAAGCAAUGUGAGAGCAAGUUGCCUUUCAGCACUUGCUAAUAAAAGGUCACAUAACGUACAUAUAUAUAAGUACUGAAUGAAUGUUGCGGUUGUUUGCAAUAUGGGAGCAGGGCCGUAAAUUAACCUUCAAUUUGGAGGAGGCAGGAAAUUAGGCGGGGGUCUGGGGGCCGCCCAGGCCCCCAGACGCUGAGCACAUUUUGUGCACACUGAACACGUUUCGUGCAAAAUCCUUGAUUCUAGGGCCUUCUAAGAUGUUACUUGACUAACUCAUUCUAAAAGAAAGAUUUGGAAUGCUUUUUAAGGGUGGUAUCAUGUUCUUAGUUAUUGGAAACAACAUAAAUUCUAAUGAACUUUAAAUUUUAAUUUUUUUUGGCUCAAAAGUUGGAGGAGGCAGCUGCCUCCUCCGCCUCCAUGUAAUUUACGGCCCUGUGGGAGCAUGAAAACAUCGUUUUUUAAAAUGUCUUUUUAGUAUUUUUCAUUUUACCAUUGUUGCUAUUGUAAUUUGAUACAUCGUACAUAGUUUGGGUAUUGAUAGAGUACAAUUCUAGUCAUUCCAUGUAAUUCUCUUUAUAAUGCAGUCGUGAUAUUGGAUGUUUUUUAAAAUAAAAGGCCACUGACGACAUGAUGGUGGACAAGGUCACCAUCAAGGAUAAAUCGUAUUACGUAACAUGUUAAUGCAUUAAAUUGUAAACACGUAAUGCGUCACAAGGACAACGUGCUAUCAAGCAGAUAGACGGCACGAACAAUUCAUUUUUCAACUUGUUAUUUAUCAUGCUAGAUCCAUGCAUAAUUUGGUUUUUAUAUGAAUAGCAUUUAAUUGCCACCAUUUUGCCUAAACCGAUAUUUUGUUUUAUCUAUGUAUUUUAUAAUUUUUACGCAAUUGGUCUUUAAUUUAUCAUACAUGUAACAAUGAAACGUUUUAUUUAUUUUAUUCUUGUGGAACUUAUUUAUAUUAAUAAACCGAAAUCAAACCAGUAAA